AUAGAGCAGCCUGCAGAGAACCAGGGGCAGUUCUUCCUUUCGCCAUGUGGAAGGGCUUUGCUCUUGCCCUGGCUCUUUGCCUUCUCCCUUGGGGAGGGGCAGAGAGCCAGGGCCAUCGAUCGCGGUGUAAACAACCGCCAGACUGGAGCAUUGGAGACCAGAAUCCAAUGAUUCAAUCCGCUGGGAAAGUCACGGUGGUGGCCCUUCUUCAGGCCAGCUGAUAUCUGUGCCUGCUGCAGGCUUCCAGGUUGGAGGAUCUGCGGUUGAAACUGGAGAAGGAGAAAUUGGUGGGUAUAUCCUAUGUUGUGGUCAAUCACCAAGGGAGACAUUCUCGGGCAAAGUACGACCUGCUGAAGUCGAAAGUCUCCGAGCACAUUCCAGUGUAUCAGCAGGAGGAAAACCAGCCUGAUGUCUGGAGCUUACUGAAGGGAGACAAGGAUGAUUUUUUCAUAUAUGACAGGUGCGGACGUUUGGUGCAACAUCUGGAACUACCGUAUUCGCUUUUACAUUUCCCUUACGUUGAAGAAGCCGUAAGAAUUGCCUAUUGUGGAGAUAAAUGCGGGGAAUGCGAACACAAGAUUCCAGAUGCCGAUGUUUGCAAGAAACCAGAAGAGCAGCCGGAGCAAGAGAAACCAGUUGAAGAGAAGGUGGAGAGACCAAGACCUCACAGGAAUCACCAUAGACAUCACCGCCCUAAGCACAGCGGGCACAGACACCGACAUCAUAACAAUGAAGGUGGCCAAGCGGCCGAAGUUGACGCCUUCCAAACUAACAAUAGGGCUGGCAGUCAUAAUGGGCAGGGUCAAAGUGUUGUACCACAGAGUGAGGUUGUAUUUGUCCCACAAAGGGAGGCAGACGUUCCAGUAUUAGCUCUACAGCCUUGAAAAAAGGCUAAAAGCUGAAAGAAACAGUAUUUGUGAGAAUGGAGGGAGGAUGCAGGGAAAGCAUUUAACAGCUGAUGCUGACACUGACGACAGCUCUCAUUUGAAAUAGCACAAAAUGAAGUGGCUUGACGCUGCCAGGAGGCUCUGCCGGCUUCCUGACAGUGACAAGAGCUGCUGUCGGACAGUCUCUCUGAAUCCUGACAGUGACGUCUGUCUGCCGCUGCUUGACACUCACAUAGCACAGGCCUUCCAGAGCUAGACACUGAGUCAGAGACCAAUGCCCCCUGAGCCUGACCCCAGGAGGCAGAAAACUGACAAUGAAAGGAACUCUGACGAUUCCUAAUGUAAACUGUUAGGAAGUUAGAAUUCAGUGCCCUAGGUGUGCAUUACAUAAAUUAAGACUACGUUUUAGUUGUUGUCCAGCUCAUUUUUUUUUUUUACUAAGUAGUUUACUGCCACAAGGUGUCAAUUUACAGCUCACAGGUGUAGUGCAGUAACAUUUGGAGACCACAAGUUGGAUAUGCUCAUUAUUUAAAAAAAAAAAAUGGAUAAAGUGCAUAUUAACCCUAGACAUCCAAGUAAGAUCACUGCAGAAAUAAACAAAGAGCAUUCCAUUAAAUACAUACAUGUUCUUAAAGGGCAUGGCAGCCCCAAGUAACAUUUUAUACGAGAAGCCUACUUCUACAGAAGCCAAAAAGUGCUAAAGGUUUUCUCAGCAAGGCACCAUUCUCUCGCAGCACUGCCAUUCUCUUAAAAUCUUAAAAAAAAAUCAGCAAGCUGUACGAGUUCACUUUCCCACAAUUCCACAUUCUGCAGAAAGACCAAGGGGUAUAUUUUAUUGGCACAGACCUCUAGAGUGAAAUUCCUCCACUAUCCAUUCAUUUGUAUGGGAUUUUUAAAAAGAGUAUUUUUCAUUGGGUGAAAGUUCAUUCUUUGAUAAAUACACCUUUCAAUAUCCUGUAGAAAUGAAUGGAUAGUGGAGGAAUUUCACUCUAGAGGAUUGUGGCGAUCUCUAACUUCACUCUGUGAUAAAUAUACCCCUAAGACUGCGAGCCUGCGCACUGAACCCCGGCUAAAGCUUGCUCAUGCACUGAAGUAAUUGUGUGAUGUCACCGAAUCAAAUAUGGCGGCCGUAAUUUGAGGAAGUGCUCAGCUUCUGAUUUCCAAUAAAGUAAGAGCUUUUGUGAAAAAAAACCAUAGCAAUUCAGAUGGGUAACAACUAAUUGGUGCGGGCGUGUUUAGGGGGCUUGCCUUGUCCUUUAAGACCACUGCAGUAACCACUACACUCCAGCAAUCAAAAGAGAAGUCAUAGACCCCAUAGCAACCAAUCACAAUUUACCUUUCAUCAGCUUUAUUGCAGCUAUGUAAUCAGAGCUAACUGCUGAUUGGUUGAUGAGUAACUCUCAUCACUUUUGUGACUCCCUUGUGGCAGAAAAACGGCUAGUAGAAAUGGGCUGCUAAUCCAUCAGACUGUAAUGCACAUUUCUCCUAACAUCAUUAUUUAACUGUUUAACUGCCGAGGAGUGGAGCGAUUGAUUGCUGAGCAAUGAGUUGCUGAUACCUGGGCAUUAAAUAGUUAAAGCAGGCCUGACCAACAGAGCUUUUUUUAACAUCCAUGGCUCGUGAGAAUGCAGCGUACGGUGCCUCUCUUGUUCAUCACUUGAUUCGCUGCUUGCGUUCAUGACGGCAGAAGCAGAAACUAGAAAAUAGGGGCCUCUGUCUGAGUCCGGCAAACAGAAACUGGUGAAUAGCGGGAGAAGUUUUUUUUUUCUAUUGCAAAAUAAUCGUUUCUAUCGUUGAGAACACAAGAUAGCGUUAGAACAACUUAGACUGAAUAGUGUGUUCUCUGGUGACUUAAUAUGGGAAUACGGGGCUCCAGUUAUUGACAGUCUUAACUCCCGGUUGCUGGAAGCUGAGUUUGUCAAUAGCUGGAGCUCCACUGUUAAAGGAACAGUAACACCAAAAAAUUAAAGUGUUUUAAAGGAAUGACAAUAUAAUGUACUGUUGUCCUGCAUUGGUAAACUGGUGUGUUUGCUUCAGAAACACUACUAUAGUUUAUAUAAACAAACUGCUGUGUAGCCAUCGGGGCAGCCAUUCAAGCACAGGAUACACAGUAGAUAACAGAUAAGUUCUGAAGAAUCCCAUUGUAUACUACAGAGCUUAUCUGUUAUCUGCUGUGUAUCCUGUGCCAUUUCUCCUUUUUAGGCUUUGAAUGGCUGCCCCCAUGGCUACACAGCAGCUUGUUUAUAUAAACUAUAGUAGAGUUUCUGAAGCAAACAUAUCAGUUUUACCAGUGCAUGGCAACAGUAUAUUAUUUUGUCAUUCCUUUAAAACACUUCCAUUUUUUGAUGUUAGUGUUCCUUUAAGUCAUCUCAUUCCUGCCCAAGAUCGCAGGUGCUUCGCUUUUGUUAUUAACUUGUUUUACAUUUGUAAUUAAUUCAGUUCUGAUAUUACUGUUGAUUCCUUGUGUGUGUGUGUAUGAACCUUUUGUAGUGCUUUUAGAGAAGUAUUUGGAAGUUCUUUGAUGAUGGGCUGCAUUGUUAGUAAAUGCCAUAAUCAAUGAUGGUUUCUAGGGAAACAAACUCCUAUAUAACCUGAAUAAACCUGUAUGGCAUUGCUACGUAGCAUCAGUGCAGUAUGGAAAGUCAAGUGAGAGGGUAUAUUUCUAAACAAUAAAAUUCUAUGAAAAUGAA